AAACUUUUCGAGAAGAACGUCUUUACGUACGAGUCCUCACUAACAUAACAUAACCUAAUCCAGUUCAUUUUUCGGCAGUUGUAGGGCAGGAGGUUCUUUCAAGUAUUUUGCAAUCUUUAAACCCAAGAAAAAGAAGUAAUAGUGGGAAUAAUGGAGAAACCACAGAAAAUGCCCAAAGUGGCAAAGGUGAAAAAUAAAGCGCCUGCUGAGAUUCAAAUCACAGCAGAGCAGCUUUUACGUGAAGCCAAGGAAAGGGAUUUGGAGAUUUUACCACCGCCUCCUAAACAAAAAAUCUCUGAUCCUCAUGAAUUAGCAGACUACCAGCAUCGUAAGAGAAAAGGUUUUGAAGAUAAUAUACGCAAAAAUCGGAUGGCAAUGAAUAAUUGGAUUAAGUAUGCACAGUGGGAGGAGAGUCAAAAAGAAAUUCAAAGAGCUAGAUCAAUCUAUGAACGUGCAUUGGAUGUAGAUACUAGAAAUAUAACACUAUGGCUAAAAUAUACUGAAAUGGAAAUGAGAAAUCGCCAAGUGAAUCAUGCCAGGAAUUUGUGGGACCGUGCAGUAAUUUUACUACCAAGAGCCAAUCAAUUCUGGUACAAAUAUACUUACAUGGAAGAGAUGCUUGAAAAUAUAGCUGGUGCGAGACAAGUUUUUGAAAGAUGGAUGGAAUGGGAACCAGAUGAACAAGCCUGGCAAACAUACAUUAAGUUCGAAUUAAGAUACAAAGAAAUAGAAAGGGCAAGAAAUAUUUAUGAGAGAUUUGUGAUGGUUCAUCCCGAUGUGAAGCAUUGGAUAAAAUAUGCACGUUUUGAAGAGUCUCAUGGAUUUAUAAAUGGUGCUCGCAGAGUCUACGAACGCGCUGUCACCUUUUAUGGAGAUGAGAGUCUUGAUGAAAAAUUAUUUAUUGCUUUUGCAAAAUUCGAGGAGGGUCAAAGAGAACACGACAGAGCAAGAGUAAUUUAUAAAUAUGCUUUGGAUCACAUUCCAAAGGAUAGAACACAAGAGAUUUACAAGGCAUAUACUAUACACGAGAAGAAAUAUGGAGACAGAUCAGGUAUCGAAGACGUUAUUGUUAGUAAAAGGAAACAUCAGUACGAACAAGAAGUCAAAGAAAAUCCAUCAAAUUACGAUGCAUGGUUUGAUUAUUUAAGAUUGGUUGAAUCUGAAGCGAAUCCUGAGAUCGUUAGAGAAACCUAUGAACGCGCAAUAGCAAACGUUCCACCAACUAAGGAAAAAGAAUAUUGGCGACGUUAUAUUUAUCUAUGGAUCAAUUACGCUCUCUAUGAGGAACUUGAAACAGAGGAUAUGGAAAGAUGUCGUCAGGUGUACAAAGUAUGUUUGGAACUUAUUCCACAUAAACAAUUUACAUUUUCAAAAAUAUGGCUGCUGUAUGCAAAUUUUGAAAUUCGUCAGAAAAAUCUUACUGCUGCUAGAAAGACACUGGGAAUGGCACUUGGAAUCUGUCCGAGAGAUAAACUAUUUCGUGGUUAUAUAGACUUGGAAAUUCAAUUGCGUGAAUUUGACAGAUGUAGAAUAUUAUAUGAAAAAUUUUUGGAAUUUGGUCCAGAGAACUGUACCACGUGGAUGAAGUUUGCAGAACUAGAAACUCUUUUAGGAGAUGUAGAACGUGCACGAGCCAUAUACGAAUUAGCUAUUACACAACCACGCCUAGAUAUGCCUGAACUUUUAUGGAAAUCGUAUAUCGAUUUUGAGAUAUCACAGGAUGAGCCUGAUAAUGCCAGGCAAUUAUUUGAGAGACUUUUAGAACGCACUCUGCAUGUUAAGGUUUGGAUAGCAUAUGCCAAAUUUGAGCUAGCUAAUCCAGUAGCGGAGGAAGGAUUGAACAAUGUUGUUCUGGCUAGAAGAGUUUUUGAAAGAGGAAACGAUUCACUCAGGUCGAGUGGUGAUAAGGAAAGCAGGGCAUUACUUUUAGAAGCUUGGAGAGACUUUGAAAAUGAAAAGGGAGAUGAUGAAAGUCGUAGGAAAGUCAUGGAGAAAAUGCCACGAAGAAUCAAACGAAGAAGACGAGUGAUUGGCGAAGAUGGGAACGAAGAAGGCUGGGAAGAAGUAUUUGACUUCAUCUUCCCAGAAGACGAGUCUCAAAGGCCUAAUCUUCAAUUCCUGGCGAUGGCACAGGCCUGGUCGAAACAAGAAAAUUUUCAAGACGCCCCAUCUUCUACUUCUCAAACAUCGAAUUAAUUAAUGGAAGAGAACUAAGUUGUCAAAUGGAUGAAAUAUUGUAUGUACGAAUAAAGUCUGGAUAUUCUGAUAGUAAAAUUUAAAUGUGACCUUGCAAAAAUCCCUUAAAGUAGUGUCAUUAUUUAAUUACAUAAGAUCUCUACAAUACUAGAAAUAAGGUAAUUGUCAUUGAUAAUCAUAAUUCCAUGCUCCAAAAUAAAAUACCUUGCUAUAAGGCGAUCAAGUAAAAA